UCAAUCAUGUGUUGCCUAAACGGCUAAGGUCAUACUUCACUUUUUACAGCACCUUUGUGCGCUCCUUUUCUUUGUUUUGGUGUUUUCUUCUUCCCUCGGAUAUUGGAGGAGGAGAGGCACAACUGUACAGUUUUUGGUAUUUUUGGUUUGUGGGUUUCUGUGAAAAUUUUUCCUUUUUUUGGGUGUGUAUUGGGUUGGUUUUUUUGUUUUUAGGAAUUUGAAGACAUGGAUGAUGAGUAUGCUAAGCUUAUCAGGAGGAUGAACCCACCAAGAGUUGUAAUUGACAACGAUGCUUCUGAGGAUAUCACUGUUAUUCAGGUUGAUAGUGUCAACAAGCAUGGAAUACUUCUUGAAGUUGUCCAAGUGCUCACGGACAUGAAUCUUGUAAUAACAAAAGCAUAUAUAUCGUCUGAUGGGGGAUGGUUCAUGGAUGUGUUUAAUGUUACUGACCAAGAUGGUAACAAAAUCAUAGACGAGGAAGUCAUCAGUUAUAUUCAAAGAAGAAUUGAAAGCAAUGCAAGCUAUGUUCCCUCGAUGAGCGGUUCUGUUGGGGUGAUGCCAUCUGAAGAGCAUACCUCAAUCGAACUUACUGGUCCUGACAGGCCAGGAUUAUUGUCUGAAGUAUGUGCAGUUUUGACAGACCUCCACUGCAAUGUGGUAAAUGCUGAGAUAUGGACGCAUAAUGCCAGGGCUGCAGCUGUAGUUAAUGUCACGGAUGAUUCCACACGAUGUGCAAUUAAAGAUCCAAAGCGACUAUCAAUAAUUAGGGAAUUGCUUUGCAAUGUUCUCAAAGGAAAUAAUGAUUUGAAGGCAGGAAAAAUGACACUCUCUCCUCCUGGGAUAACUAGUAGGGAGAGAAGAUUGCAUCAGAUCAUGUUUGCUGAUAGGGACUAUGAAAGGGUUGAAAGGGGUGGACUAGGGAGGCAUGAGGAUAAGAGCUCAAGACCCCAUGUCACUGUAUUGAACAUCGAAAAAGAUUACUCUGUGAUUACAAUGAGGUCCAAAGAUCGUCCUAAACUGUUGUUUGACAUCGUUUGCACUUUAACAGACAUGGAAUAUGUAGUCUUUCAUGGAAUGGUCAGCACAGGAAGAAUGGAAGCUUAUCAGGAAUUCUAUAUAAGACAUGUUGAUGGACUCCCUAUAAGCUCAGAUGCUGAACGAGAACGUGUCAUACAGUGUCUUGAGGCUGCCAUUGAAAGGCGAGGAUCAGAGGGACUAGAGCUAGAAUUAUGCAGUGAAGACCGUGUCGGACUCCUAUCAGACAUUACCAGGAUAUUCAGAGAAAACAGUUUAUGCAUCAAGAGAGCAGAAAUCUCAACCAAAGGUGGUAAAGUAAAAGACACAUUCUAUGUAACAGACGUUACGGGUAGUCCAGUUGACCCCAAGAGUAUCAACUCAAUUUGCCAACAGAUUGGAGAAACCAAACUUCAGGUGAAGCAUAACUCAACUCUUUCACCGAAACGUCCACAAGAAACAACGAUGGGAUAUCUAUUCAGUAACCUCUUUAAAGCUCGAACAUUCUCGAAUUUCAAGUUGAUCAGAUCGUACUCGUAAAUUCUGCAUGUAAAUUCUCCUCAUCAAUGUAUAUUUGUACAGAAAUGUUAGAUGUAUAAAAUCCAGAGGAAAGCAUAGGCAUCAUGAUACUUGUAUAGAUUCAGUCCAUGAUCUACUGGAUAUUACUAAGCACUAAAAUGGUUCUUCGUAUAUGUACAGUGUGUUUGCACAUCAGUUGUACAAAAGGCUAUUAGCUUGUAUAGAUAAUUUAAGCUCAAUGAUAAAGUUUAGUGUGAAAAUUACGUGUA